ACCAACCGACGUCAACCAUAAAUAGCGAGCUAGCCAGUUGUUGUUUUGGGGGAAUAAGAAAAGAGCUGCAAGCGGAAGAAACACCGGAUUUGGGCUUUUUCCUCUUCGCUCGUUUAGUUUUUUUCAAAUUGUUUUUGUAUACACAACUGAAAUAAUGUCUACGCCCGCAAGGAGACGGCUAAUGAGGGAUUUUAAAAGACUUCAGGAAGACCCUCCCACCGGUGUGAGCGGAGCGCCGUCUGAGAACAACAUCAUGCUGUGGAACGCUGUUAUUUUUGGGCCUGUGGGGACGCCAUUCGAAGAUGGAACAUUUAAGCUGCUGAUAGAGUUUUCAGAGGAGUAUCCCAACAAGCCCCCCACGGUUCGGUUCGUCUCCAAAAUGUUUCAUCCAAAUGUUUAUGCUGACGGCAGUAUAUGUUUAGACAUUCUCCAGAAUCGCUGGAGCCCGACGUACGACGUGUCGUCCAUACUCACGUCCAUCCAGUCGUUGCUUGAUGAGCCGAACCCCAACAGCCCGGCGAACAGCCAGGCGGCGCAGCUCUACCAGGAAAACAAGAGGGAGUAUGAGAAGCGGGUAACGGCCAUCGUGGAGCAGAGCUGGGUGGACGGCUGAGCGUCUUCCUCUCCAUACCCGUCGUCUUCAUCACCCUCCUCAUCAUCAUCCCUCUUCUUCAGCCGCACAUCAAGAAACAACAGUAACUAUCAAAACUCAAGUGCCACCCUGAUAAGUAAAAAGGAAAACCAAAUCUGAACAGACAUCAAGUU